AUGAAAGCCCAACAAGAAACACUCAGCGACAUCGCAAUUCCAUUCUGUACACCUUUGCAGGUAGCCCUUCCUCUGCCAAUAUGUAUAGGGCUGUUGAAAACAGCGAGCACAGAUCUUGGUGGUGUGUUUCCGGCACUCGAUAUGUUGGGAGAGGACGGCCAGACGCUUUGUGCGUUCAUGUUUGGGACAUGCGAUCUUCCUGCCCCUCCAAAAUUGGAUCUGGGAAGCUUAUUCAAAGGGAAGACGGAGAAGCCAGCGCCGCGUGUUGCGAGUACUUGCAAGAAGGAACCGUUGAAGGUCUUGCAUAUCAGUGAUUACCAUCUCGACAUGCGGUAUGUGGUAGGAUCCGAAGCAAAUUGCACUGGGGCUGGGAACUUAUGUUGCCGCGUUCAUCCAUAUACGAAUGUCAGUGUACCGAUUCAGGAACCGGCAUCAAUAUUUGGGAACUAUUUAUGUGAUACCCCUGAAGCAUUAGGGACGUCUCUCUUUCGACAGCUGCCAAAAGCGACGGGACAUCGUUGGGAGGACUUCUCGUUCGGUCUCUUCACCGGAGACUUGGUGUCCCAUGAUAUUUGGGAGUUGACUGAGCCUUACGUGCUGGCUGAGGAGCUUCUGAGCUAUCAGCAUUUUUUCGAUGGUAUGGGCGGCGUCAAGAUAUUCCCAACAUUAGGAAAUCACGACACGUUCCCCCACGCUUUCACCUCCUUCCCCAACCAAGACAAAGUUCUUCCGGCCAAUGCAUCUUUCGGCAUUCAACAGGAAUGGAAUUACCAGAACAUCAGUGCGGCAUGGGAAAACUACGGCUGGUUAAGUGCAUCUGAAGCCUCCACAGUUGUCAACAGCGGCUUGGGUAUCUACAGGGCCGUUACUCCCGAAGGCCUCGUCAUUAUUUCUCUUAACAGUGACGUCUGGUACUAUUUCAACAUGUACGCCUACAUUGGCGGCAACUCCAUAGACCCAACGGGCAUGUUCAACACUCUAAUCUCCUACCUUCUCGAAGCAGAAUCGAAGAACCAAGCAGUCUGGCUUAUCCAACACGUAAAUGUCGGCGGAAGUACUGACUACGAAGCAUUACCUGCUGCGACGGAUCUGUACUACCAGAUUGUUGAUCGGUUUAAUAACACGAUUCGCGCAACGUUCUUUGGGCACACGCAUGCGGAUGAGUUUGGAGUAUUUUAUUCGAAUAAUGGAACGGUGCAGACGGCGCAGACGGCGGCGAGCGUUGCAUACAUCAUGCCUUCUGUCACAACUUACACGAAUAAGAAUGCCGGGUUCAGAUAUUACCUCGUUGAUCCGGAGUCCUUCGAUGUCCUGGACUCUGUCAACUUCUACGCCAACAUCUCCAACACGGACCAGUGGGCAAAACACGGGGAUGUCACGUGGGAAUUCGAGUACUCUGCUCGCGACACCUAUGAUCCUUCCCACACCCUGCUCAAGCCGAAUGAGCCACUAUCUGCAGCAUUUUGGCACCAGGUUACGGAGAAGAUUUAUACGAAUGAGACGAUGUUUGAGACGUAUACGGAUCUAAGGACGAAGAAGUUUAGACCGUUCGUGAAUGAGACGGCGGCGCAGAGGAAUUUGACGCUGUGUGGGUUAAGGAGUAUGAGUGUGCCAAUAUUUGAGAGGUGUUUGGGGAAUAUGAAGAGUACGACUAGCUUUCUCUGA